CCAACCGAAGGUCAAGCAAGAGCUCCAAGCGUCCCACACGAACCCCUCAGGGACACUGUGACGCCGCGCCACUGAAGGCGCCUGGGCUCCCGGACUCGGCCACCGCCUCGCCGCUUCCGCCCCUCAGAAGCAUGGCGGCCAUGCAGCCCGGCUCGGAUUGGACGUUGGCGUUCGACGCCAAACAAAUGGCAACGCGAUUGGCUGCUGCAGGGUGAUGACGUCAGGGGGCGGUGUCCGGGCCGGGAAUGGGGGCAGCAUGAGGCCGCGCGGCUUUUUGGGCGCCGGACAGUGGCUGAGUCGAGCCAUGAGCCGAUGCGUUUUGGAGCCUCGGCCCCCGGGGAAGCGGUGGAUGGUGGCUGGCCUGGGGAAUCCCGGACUGCCCGGCACGCGACACAGCGUAGGCAUGGCGGUGCUGGGGCAGCUGGCGCGGCGGCUGGGUGUGGCGGAGAGUUGGACGCGCGACCGGCACUGUGCCGCCGACCUCGCCCUGGCCCCGCUGGGGGAUGCCCAACUGGUCCUGCUCCGGCCACGGCGGCUUAUGAACGCCAACGGGCGCAGCGUGGCCCGGGCUGCGGAGCUGUUUGGGCUGACUGCCGAGGAAGUGUACCUGGUGCAUGAUGAGCUGGACAAGCCCCUGGGGAGACUGGCUCUGAAGCUGGGGGGCAGUGCCAGGGGCCACAAUGGAGUCCGUUCCUGCAUUAGCUGCCUCAACUCCAAUGCAAUGCCAAGGCUGCGGGUGGGCAUCGGGCGCCCGACACACCCUGAGGCGGUACAGGCCCAUGUGCUGGGCUGCUUCUCCCCUGCUGAGCAGGAGCUGCUGCCUCUGUUGCUGGAUCGAGCCACCGACCUGAUCUUGGACCACAUUCGUGAGCGAAGCCAGGGGCCCUCAUUGGGGCCGUGACACCAGUGGCCAUGGCUGCCCGCCUGACUGUAGUACCCACCAACCCAGCCAGGGCCACAGAGCUGCCAUGCCAGCCUUGGUAUCUACUUUUUAUACAACUGUCCUCUAGACUGUUCCAGGCUGCCUGCGGAUUAAAGUGGGGGUGACUGUGACUGGACCAGUCCAUUUCUGAA